AGACGGAAGCGGUGCGUGAGCGCGUGUCGUCGGCGGCCCGAACGCACAGAUAGAUGUGCUGAGAAUUCGUGCCCGUAAAGGCGAGUUACGAGUUUAUGAAUUAACUCGUCGGUGACGCCGCUGCUGUUGUUGUUUUGUCCUGUCAGACAUGGGAGCCAAUAACAGCUCGCGCCGUGUGUCGUUCGAGUCAGACGAGAACGAAAACGUAACGGUUGUGAAGGGCAUCAGGCUCUCAGAGAAUGUCAUCAAUCGCAUGAGGGAGCAAUCAGCCCCACAACGGGCAAAGUCACCCCCACCUUCCCCUUCUCCUCCCCAGCCCAAAGCUGAACCUCUGUCCCCAGUGUUGCCAAUACGUCCUCCGUUUGAUCCCGUCACCUCUCUUCCACCUCAGUCUGCCCCAGUUGCUGUGCCUCCACCAGCUCCUGAGCCUGUAGCCCCCUCUGCACCUAUAGAAACAGUGCCACCUGCUGUGUCCACACCGAUAGAACCUGUUGCACCUCCUCCACCUGUAGAGCCCGUCGCUUCCCCUCCCCUUGCCCCUCUUCCCGCUUCUGAGCUUGCUGCACCUCCACCUGUGGAAGUAAUUGCCCCCUGUCCCCCAGCUGAGCCUGCCGCCCCACCUGCUAUUGCCGCUGCUGAAGCUACUGCGCCCCCUGCUGUAAAAGAACCUGUUGCUUCACCUCCACCUCUGCCAGUGAAUGAGCCAGAGUUGAGGAGGAAGAUCGCUGAAGAGCUGCAGAAAGGCCUGGAAGAGGAGAAAUACAAGGCACAACAGGAGCUCCAACAGUGGCUGGAGAAGGAGCGAUCCCAGGUGUAUGCGAAGGCCCACGCAGAUGCCCAGGCCCAGGUGCAGGACGAGGUGAGCAGAAUUCUGGCUGCAGAAAGAGUGGCCGCUCAGGACAACAUCCAGCGAGCCGUGCUGAGAGAGAGAAUCACCACUGAAGACGAGAGGCUCCGAGCUCAGCUCUAUGGGAUGGAGCGUAAGGCCAAGCAGUUGGAGGACAGAGACCGAGAGCUGAGGAAGCAGGAUGCCUUCUACAGAGAACAAGUGGCCAAGCUGGAGGAGAAGAGCGCCCAGUUCUACAAGGUCACCAAUGAGAACUACCACAAAGCAGCGGAUGAAGUGAAUGCUAAAUUCAAGCGGUAUGAAAUCAGCCCUGUGUGUGCAAACCUGCAGAGUCAGAUUCUGAAGUGCUACAGAGAGAACACAGGAAAGACGCUGCUCUGCUCCAAUAUUGCCUCCCUCUACCUGCAGUGCGUCAACAGUGCUAAGCAGAACAAGUUGAGGACCGGAGGCUAAUGCUGAGGGACGGAGGAGAAGCAGCCGAGUUCGUGGCCGAGUUAGAGGAGAGCAGAGGCACCACUGGAUACACACCUGACCGAGAGGAACAGUAUAGAAACCACGUCAACCAGAGAAAUGGGACACCCUCCAACCCUUCCUUCACCUGCUCCCUUCACUCCUGCACCCCUCUUUUUUUCCUUUCUCCUCCCUCCAUUUCCUCUUGCUCCUCUUAUCCAGUAUUGCAGCUAAGAGAGCCGCUAGAGGUGUAGCAAGUACCCUGUGCCGAACAUCAAGAGCCAGAGAACACGUCUCAGAACGGCUCUGCUAGGAUGGACCUUACUUGGAAGUCAAGACAAACCAAAUGAAACCAAACAUAAACCUCAGCAAAAGCAGUCAGGCUUCGUCGUCAGCUAGUUUUUCAGUCUUGUUUAGACGUAGUAAGUCACUGGAAGCAGGCGAGCAACAGGUUAAGAGGAAAAUUUCCCUCAAAAUAACCUGGAUCUUCAUGUUUUGUAAGUUAUGCGGCAAAGUGCAAAGAUUAACACGCUGCUCACCCCCAUACUUACACCCGCACCCCAUGACCAAGUCUAUCAACGUGGUUCGUCCUCACACUAAUGCCCAGCUCUUUAUGCACUAGCCCACCCAUCCUAACUGUUCAUCGUGUCUCUGUGUGUAACGUUGAUUAUGUUUCUGCUUUAUUUUUGCUUUUCUUCUGCAUGAGCGCCAUUGUUCGGACUGCCUGAUCUGUCAGGGAGAAUAAAAGGAUGAAACUGGAAACCUGAA